GCUCUAUCUCUAUCCUGCAAUAGCGGAACUAUGUCGACCAUGCCUUUGGAGCCUCCCAUGUACCUCAGCUCUCUCCAGAACAACAUCCGAGCUCGGCCCAUCCCAUGGGAGGGAGCAGUUCGAGCUGGCAACAUCACCGAUGAUCAGUUGAAAAAGAUCAAGGCAGUGGACAAGGUUCGCAAAGAUCAGAGACGCCAAACUGUAGAGGGCGAUAUCUCUGGCUAUGUAAGCCUGCUCUCUGGAAGUGCUGACGCCAAGAGCGUUCUGGACUCCGCUUCUAGGAGGACCGAUAUCGUACAGUAUAUCCUUGUGCUGGCAGCGGACUUGAUCAAUGAUGUUCCAGCGCUCUCGUCUGCCCUAAUUGCGCAUCCCGAUCCCUACAAGCCAUUUCUCCCCCUCUUGCGUCAUUCUACGAAUGCCGAGGACCCUAUUCCGUUGCUCACUUCUACCUUCCUGACAAACCUUGUCUCUAUCAGCCUCGUGUCUUCAUCUAAGUCUGCGGUCCGAGAUGAAGAGGCACUUCCACAACUGUACACUUACCUCUCCAGUCUGACUCAAAACCAGGACAGUGGGUUGCAAGACAUUGGUGUCCAGGAGCUGUCCGCGUUGCUUCGUACAUCUAGGUCUCGGGAGAUCUUCUGGAAGCAGAGGGGAGAAACGGUUGACCCCUUGAUCGAGAUUCUACGUGCGGCGACCGGAGGCAAAGAUACCAAUUCCAGCACCGUGGCUGGCAGUUCGCGGGCGAUCGAGCCAGGUCUCUCUGGGGGUGUGGGGCUUCAACUUCUGUAUCGGGUCCUUCUUGUUAUUUGGCAGCUGAGCUUUGAAGGCGCGCUAAUUGGGGAUGACCUUCAAGCGGACCACGAAUUCCUUCAGCUGUAUACUUACCUCCUGCGCCUGUCGCCGAAGGAGAAGACAACACGGCUUCUACUCGCAACUCUCAACAACCUCCUUUCUUCCAACCGCACAACCUUAUUGCCGGUCGCAGUAUUUGUCCGCCUCCCUGCCCUUCUUGCGAACCUCUCGGGUCGUCAUUUGACCGAUCCCGACCUUCUUGAGGAUCUGAAGACUCUCUCUGACAUGCUCGACGAGUACACCAAAACUCAAACUACGUUUGAUCAGUACGCGGCGGAGUUGCAGUCGGGACACCUCCGCUGGUCCCCACCCCACCGUAACCCUACGUUUUGGAAGGACAAUGCCCGUCGCAUCCUGGAUGAUGCUAACCUUCCCAAGAAGCUAGCGGAGAUUAUCUCUAAGGAGUGGGACAAUGACAAGCAGGUUCUCGCGAUUGCCUGUAACGAUGUGGGCCACCUGGUGAAGGAGCUGCCGGGACGACGGGCACAGCUGGAAAGGCUAGGGUUGAAGGCGCGAGUUAUGGGACUGAUGGCCGACAAAGACGAGUCGGUACGUUGGGAGAGUCUGCGAGCAGUGGGCGAGUGGCUUCGGUAUACCUUCGACGACUGA